UGAGGAGACUGCAGAAGUGUCCAGACAGGCUGAUGAGCACAGUUGGUCGGCUCCACUACCUCACCAUGACUGCCAAAACUCCGGCCCCUGGAGACCUGGCUCCAGCUCCCCUGGUCACUUGCAAACUCUGCUUGUGUGAAUAUCCCCUGGACAAGAUGACCACCCUCCAGGAAUGUCGGUGCAUCUUUUGCACAGCCUGCCUGAAACAGUAUAUGCAGCUGGCAAUCCGAGAAGGAUGUGGAUCUCCCAUCACAUGCCCAGACACGGUGUGCCUAAACCACGGGACCCUGCAGGAAGCUGAGAUCGCCUGCUUGGUACCAACGGAUCAGUUUCAGCUUUAUCAGCGGUUAAAAUACGAACGAGAAGUUCACCUGGACCCCUACCGGACGUGGUGCCCCAUCGCAGACUGUCAAACGGUGUGCCCGGUGGCACAAAGUGACCCAGGACAGCCCAUCAUGGUGGAAUGCCCUUCUUGCCACCUGAAGUUCUGCUCAUGUUGCAAGGAUGCAUGGCAUGCAGGUGUCUCCUGCAAAGAUAGUCAGCCUGUCGUCAUGCCUACAGAGCACGGGACUCUCUUUGGGACAGAUGCGGAAGCCCCCAUCAAGCAGUGUCCAGUUUGCCGGGUGUAUAUUGAACGCAACGAAGGCUGCGCUCAGAUGAUGUGCAAGAAUUGCAAGCACACGUUCUGCUGGUACUGUCUGCAGAAUCUGGACAAUGACAUUUUUCUCAGGCAUUAUGACAAAGGACCAUGUCGGAAUAAGCUGGGCCACUCCAGAGCAUCAGUGAUGUGGAACAGGACACAGGUGGUGGGGAUUCUCGUUGGAUUGGGCAUCAUUGCCUUGGUGACGUCACCCUUGCUACUCCUGGCCUCACCCUGCAUAAUCUGUUGUGUCUGCAAGUCCUGUCGGGGCAAGAAGAAAAAGCAUGACCCAUCCACAACCUAAAGCUCUCCAUUCCUGCUCACGUGCCAAGGUUAUCUGGGUUAAAUGAGACAGCACAGUGAUCAAGCUCCACGUAGUUAACUCGCCUCCUUCUCCUUGCCAAACUUUGGAAGUGCCUCUUGUGUCCAGACUUUGAACUCAUCUGCCAGCC